GAAGGAAGAGAGGAGGAAACAGAACAGCCGACUCGGCUAACUUCCCGCCAUCCGGCUCCAACCAGCAAGCCGAGUUACGCCUUUUCCCCGUGUCGUCUUCCCCACCCCCCCAAGCCGAACCAAUGCAGCCGUCGCCGCUGGAACAGAAUUCCAAGAAACGAGCGCUGCAGGCGGUCGACAUGGACGCCGAAGUCUUCGAAAUUCCGCCUCCAGUGCCGCGGUCGUCUAAGCCGCUGAAGCAAAAGGAGCCUUUUGUUCAUGAAGUAAUUGAUAUCGAUGACGAUGAAGACCCUGGUGAUGCUGUAAUUAUUGAGAAGGAACUGAAUAAAAUAAAGAAAGGGAAGGCCGUGAUGGACGUUUCUGAUGGUCGCUUAAAUGGUUACUCUGAGGAAUCUUUAGCUGACCAUAUGUAUAUACCCCCUGAUGAUUUAGUUGGAGCAAUGAAUGGGACAGAACUGAAUGGUUUAGAAGAAGGCUCGCAUAAUUCCUAUAAUGCUGAUGCGCCUUUUUAUGAUUUUGUCUCAUAUGAUGAUGACUACAUGGAUUAUAUUAUUGAAGACGGGGUGCAUCAUGAUGAUGAUUAUGAUCUGCUGCAAGCUCAUUUUGAUAGUAUGGAUAUACCUCCUGGUGUGGAGGCGCCGGUACCAUGGUUGCCUGAUAUUUCCAAAACUGAGAAGUCAGGUGCUGGAAAUACUGUGCAGAGUUCAGGCUCCCUACAUCCAGAAACUGCGGCCUUUGCUGUAAAGACAGAAUCUUUUGGCUGGACUCAACCUGCCACAUUUGAGAUGAAUGCUACAUUUAACAGUACUUCUGGCUCGCUUAGCCAAGCUAACUCUGCGGGUCAUCCACCUCAGGUGGAUCCAUCAGCACCUUGGUUGCCUACACAAUCUGUGCAGACCAAAAAGAACCGAGCUGGACGCAAAGGCAGUAGCAGAAAUUUCUCCUUUGGGUUUGAGUCAUUCAAAUCCCGGCGACUUCUAGAGUCUUUAAAGAAUAAGAAGUCACCAGUUUCUUCCAGUAAUUCUACUAACUUUAGCCCUUCAAGUCAAUUUGCUGGUGCUAAGCAGCCUCAUGGAGUUAAUCCUCACAAUUGGGACCAAAGCAUGACGGCCCAUGGUGUUAAUGAGCCGACCGUUUCUGUUAGUUCAUCCUAUUCAAGUUUUCCGCAGGCUGUUUCUGGUAGUUCAUCGUAUCCAAGUUUUCCGCAACAAAUUUUCUCACAGAACAAGCCUUCCAGCCCAGAUCCAUUUAAGACAUGGAUGAAGGACCCUUCCAAGUAUUCUCUCAAUCACUCAUAUGCCUCUCCUGCAACUUACCCUACUUUUAUUGAGCCCUUUGCGCCCUCGGUAUACACUCUCCCUGAGGAAGAUACUGAUGACUGUCAAGUGCCUCAAAGUCUUACUGGAGACCAUUCCAAUGAUACUGAUGAUGUUGUGAGGAGGUUCGAGAAUUUUAAACGGUUUGACACUGUUCAAGAUCACUCAGAUCACCACUACAGUGCAAGUGGCUCUUCAGUAAAGCAACCUCCAAAAAGUUGGGCUAAGAGAAUCCAGGAGGAGUGGAAGAUCUUGGAGAAGGAUUUGCCAGAUACCAUAUUUGUAAGGGUUUAUGAAACAAGGAUGGAUCUUUUGAGAGCUGUGAUUGUGGGAGCAGAAGGCACCCCAUACCAUGAUGGUCUUUACUUCUUUGAUGUUUUCUUUCCCUUGGGCUAUCCUAGUUGUCCACCACAUGUCUACUAUCACUCUAGAGGCCUUCGAAUCAAUCCGAAUCUAUACAACACUGGAAAAGUGUGUCUGAGCCUUCUCAACACUUGGUCUGGUCACAAGAAUGAGAAGUGGAUGCCAGGUGUUUCAACUAUACUACAAGUUUUGGUAUCCAUACAGGGUCUUAUUUUGAAUGCGAAGCCAUACUUCAAUGAGCCUGGGUAUGCGAGUAUGGAAGGCUCAGCCAAAGGCGAGAAGAAUUCCCUGAAAUAUAAUGAAGACACAUUCAUCCUGUCGCUCAGGACCAUGACGUAUGUGAUCAGAACACCUCCUAAGCAUUUCGAGGACUUCGUUAUGGGGCAUUUCUAUAAGCGAGCUCAAGAUAUAUUAGUGGCAUGCAAAGCCUAUGUGGAAGGAGCUCAGGUAGGCUGUCUUGUCAGAGGUGGAGUGCAGGAUGUUGAUGCAGGAGACAAGAGCUGCUCAAGCCAAUUCAAGCAGACAGUUGCGGGCUACAUUGGGAUCCUCGCAAAGGCAUUCAUGAAGAUCGGUGCCCAGGAAUGCGAGAGGUUCCUGGCUCCUCCACCACCCCCAAUGGAGAUCAAAAGGAAGAGAAGACAACGACAUGUCAAAGCCUAUACCAAUGAAGGAAAGAAUUAUUGAAGUAUCGACCAAUUAGCUCAGUGCUGAUGUGACUGUGCAUAUAUAGAUGAAAGGGGCCGUCCAGUAAUUAAAGAAACCGGAGAAGUUCCGGUUAUGCUGUAACGUUUAGCUCAUCGGGGAACUUGUCUUACACGAUGAUGGGAUAUUCUAAAGGCGAUCAAUGCUUCCGGUGGAGCCAUUUAUUAAAGCGUCUUUUUGACUGCGCAUCCAAUAAUUUUAACGUUGUUGAUGGGGACUCGUGUUCUU